AUGGGGAGUUCAGGAAUAUGCUGUGCCAGCCUCAAGGACAACAAGGCCCUGAUGAAAAUGGGGCUGGCCUUGGUGCUGGUGGGUCACGUCAACUUUCUCCUGGGAGCACUGGUGCUCGGCGCUGUGCUCAGGCACAUCAACGUGGACUCUACGGCCCGAUCCAUGGUGUAUGGCAUCUCAAAUGUCAUUUCUAUUGUGGCAGGCCUGGUGGGAAUCAUUUGUGGAAUAAUGGCUAUUGUCCUGUCCAAAAACAAGAAAAGCAAGAUCCUGAAGUGGGUUCUUCUGGUCCUCAGCCUCCUGGCAGGAUUGCUGGGGGUUGCCUCUGCCGUGGGCUUGAUAGUUUCUUUGGUGGGAGCCAUUAUCCACAAAGGAUCAAUCCUUCUAACUCACUGCAACAAGUCCAAUAUAACUAUCACCUCAUCAAGCAUCACAACCGAAUGCCCCUUUGAUCCCACCCGUGUUUAUACGACCACCAUCAUUCUGUGGGUGCUUCUUAUCACGAUGUCCAUUGUGGAAUUGGUGUUCGCCUUCCGCUGCUUUGCUGUCAGCGCGUCCUUCCUCUACCUUUGUCCGUGUAGGAAGAAGCCCCUCCGGGCUAAGAGGGUGCGGAUCCAGAGAGCUGAGACUCCGAUGUCACGUCCACCUACAGAGGCUGCUUCUGAGGAGGAGCCUGCAGAGCAGGACGAUCUGCUGGACGGUGGCGCUGUGGCAGAGCAGAGCGAAUGGCUGUGA